AUGUCAUAUCAAUUAUAUAGAAACACGACAAUUGGUAAUACACUACAAGAGAGCCUCGAGGAGUUGAUACAAUAUGGCCAAAUAACACAUUCAUUGGCUUUAAAAGUCAUGCUCCAGUUUGAUAAAUCUAUAAAUCAAGCCUUAUCCAACAGAGUGAAAUCAAGACUAACGUUUAAAGCAGGGAAACUUAAUACUUACAGGUUUUGUGAUAAUGUAUGGACUUUUAUGUUAAAUGAUGUAGAAUUUAGGGAAGUUCAAGAACUGGCAAAAGUAGAUAAAGUAAAAAUUGUUGCAUGUGAUGGGAAAAAUGUGGAGGAUCGGAGA